AUGUCUCCGAACGACAAACACACCCAACAGCCCCCGAAACCGUCAACUUCUGAGCCUCCCGUCUACAGGAGAACACUCUGGCAAUCGUACGCAGCUUUACCUGCACAGACGCGUCUUAGGCUAUCUAUCGGACUAUUCGCUUUCGCUGCUGUCGGUCUCUACGUCUCGGAUCGACUCGAGGAUUCCAUCCCUGCUGCGAAUCCCGCACCACAAUCAAAAGACAAUGCUUAA